CCCUGCUAGUUUUAUAAGUUUACUGCAAUCUCUGCACAGGGGGGAGGAAAGAGAGAGAGAUCAAUUAUCAACAUGAGAGUAGGUAGAGUUUAAGGCAAGGUUUGUUCCAGCUUCAAUAACUGGGAGAAGGAUUCCUCAGUCUUCCUCUGCUUCACGACGGGGUCCAUCCAGCAGGAGAGUCCUUCACGAACCUCUCCAACUUGAGUUCCUCCAAUGAGGUGCAGUCCCUCAGCAACUCGGAGAUGUCUUGUGUUCACUAGCCCUUGUUCUCAUGGGGGACUUCAACUUACCAGAUGUCUGCUGGAAGUACAACACAGCAGAAAGGGGCCAAUCCAGGAGGUUUCUGGAAUGUAUGGAAGAUAACUUCCUGCUACAGCUGGCUUGGUCCCAUGAUGUGUGUAACCAUGGACAGUGGAAUAAAAACAUACGCUCAGUGAAAGCAACCAAAGGAAUUUGGCCAACACAGAAAAAAUUAAAUAUGAUGAAGAAUGAAGAAAUGAGUUUUAAUGUGGACAGUACACGAGCCUCUCCUUUUUCCUGCUGCCUGCAGCCACUGAGUCCUGUUACAAAGCCACACAGAAUUACUCCAUUUGGUGAAGAAUUCAAACCACAUAUCUCACAUUUCCACUGUGGCCACCCUCCUCUUGGAGGCAUAGAAACUUUCCAGGGGUCCUUGGAAGGAGGGUCUCGGAAACGCAAGAGCAUGCCAACAAAAAUGCCUCCUUCUAUUGCUCUUGAGGGUUCCUCAUCACCAGACAGGCCUGAAGAUCACAAUAAUAUAAGCUCUUCCAGUCGUCCCUUGAUGUUUCAACACUCAGCACAGCCCAAAUACAGUUCCCAGAUGAUCGAUCUCUGCAACGUUGGUUUUCAGUUCUACAGAACUCUGGAGAACUUUGGGGCCAAGCCCAUUAAGCAAGAACCAGUGAAGUCUACAAGGGCAUGGCCCAGUAGCUCAGCACUAAUACAGGCUCCUUACCCUUAUUAUCCUAAAGUCCAUCCUGGCUUAAUGUUUCCUUUUAUUGUGCCCCCCAACUUUCAUUUCAGGAACCCCUUUCAAAUGAAAAGGCCUCCAGAGCCACCCUUCUGGAGGGCUGAAAUAAGAGGAAGUAGUGAAAACAAACAUAAAGUGGAAAGAGUAGAUGUCAACCUUCAGAUAGAUGACAGCUACUAUGUUGAUAUGGGGGGUGAACAGAAACGCUGGCAAUGUCCCAUGUGUGAGAAGUCCUAUACAUCCAAGUACAAUUUGGUGACCCAUAUCUUGGGGCACAGUGGCAUUAAGCCACAUGCUUGCACCCAAUGUGGCAAACUUUUCAAGCAGGCAAGCCACUUGCACACACAUACGUUGACACACCAGGGCACUAGGCCACAUAAGUGCCAGGUGUGCCACAAGGCUUUCACUCAAACCAGUCACCUUAAGAGACACAUGAUGCAACACAGUGACAUCAAGCCUUACAACUGCAGGAUCUGUGGCAGAGGUUUUGCCUAUCCCAGUGAGCUGAAAGCACAUGAAUCUAAGCACAAGAGUGGCCAAGAAAACAUUUGUGUGGAGUGUGGUCUGGACUUCUCAAGCUUGGCCCAGCUGAAGAGACACUUAACAACCCAUCGUGGCCCUAUACAGUACAAUUGCACUGAAUGCGAUAAGACUUUCCAGUACCCGAGUCAGCUGCAAAACCACAUGAUGAAGCACAAAGACAUCCGUCCAUAUAUCUGCAUUGAAUGCGGCAUGGAGUUUGUGCAGCCUCACCAUCUCAAACAACACUCCCUGACUCACAAGGGUGUGAAAGAGCACAAAUGUGGAAUUUGUGGCCGGGAAUUUACUUUGCUGGCCAACAUGAAGCGACAUGUUCUGAUUCAUACCAAUAUCAGAGCCUAUAAAUGUAAUCUGUGCUUCAAGAGCUUUGUGCAAAAGCAGACUCUCAAGGCCCACAUGAUUGUUCAUUCUGAUGUUAAACCCUUUAAAUGCAAGCUGUGUGGAAAGGAAUUUAACAGAAUGCACAAUUUAAUGGGACACAUGCACUUGCACUCAGACAGUAAGCCUUUCAAGUGCCUCUACUGUCCCAGCAAAUUCACCUUAAAGGGGAACCUAACCAGGCACAUGAAAGUCAAACACAGCAUCAUGGAAAGAGGAUUUCAUUCUCAAGAAUUGGGAAGAAGAAUUUCCCUGUCCCAGACAAAUGUCUUGAGAAGUUUGAAACAGGAAGAACCCUUUGAUCUUUCCCAGAAAAGCCAAGUGAAAGGAAUCUCAUUUCAUUUGGAUGGCAAGAGUCCCAAGGGAAGCUCAUGUCAGGAAGAAGAAGAAGAAAACUGCUGUGAGACAGAGCAUUACACCCCUCGCAUGUAUCAUGACAACAACAAGCUGUACGUAGGUCAAAAUAUGUCUGGCAAACCUGAGUGCAUGAUGAAGGACGGUAAUGAGAAGGAAGAAAUGCUAAGUGAGGGAGGACAGGAGAAGAGAAUAGGAAAUUCAGACAAACAGGAGAGUCAAGGAGAGACAGACCUUGCAAGCAACAAAGAACACUUAAGCUAUACCUUUGAAAAGGCCAGACUUGGCCAUUCUCUCUCUGAUUACUUGUAUUUCAAACACAUGAACAAAAGCUGGAAAGAAUUACUGGGGGAAAAAAUGGAAAAACAAGCAAUGUUUAUAGGCAUUAAAAUGGACAUUUUAAAACAGCUGGAAAAUUUGAACCAGAUAGCUUUUAGCAUGAACUGUAAUUUAGCAAAGCCUGGAAGUUUGCAGUAGUCUUUAGAAAUAAACAAGCCAAAUGAAUAAGAAUAAUUUAAGGUAAAACAUGUAAAGAAUAAAAGAAUAAAGCAGUCCAAGGUCACCAAGAAAUGCAAUAGAUAUUGACCAAUAACAUUUUUAUACUUAUCCAACUGAUGUAGAAGCAGACAACAGGAUGAGUACAGAAUUUCAUUUUCCUUUAUCUGGGGUGGUAGAGACUUAUACACAAUUUUCUACUUAUCAAAGCAGCAUAAUUUAGCAUUUGAUUUGUUAUCUGACUAAAUAUAUAUGAACAUUUCUAACCAUAGGUCUCAAAAAAUCUGAAAAUGCUAAGUAUUUCACAGUAUUUGACACUGUCUCACAUGACAUCCUAGUUUCUAAAUUGGAAAGAUAAGGACUCAAUUGAUAGACCACUUGGUGGAAAAGGAAUUGGCUGGAUAGUCACACUCAAAAAGCUGUGGCCAAAAAGCUCAAUGUCCAAGUGGAAACCAGUGACGAGUGGUGUUCCUAAAGGGUCAGUACUGGAACUGGCAAUGUUUAACAUCUUUGUUGGUGACAUGGACAGUGGAAUUGAGUGCACCCUCAGCAAGUUUGCUGAUGACACCAAGCUGUGUGGUGUACUCGACACACUGGAGGGAAGGGAGGCCAUCCAGAGGGACCUUGACAGGCUUGAGAGGUGGGCUCAUGCAAACCUCAUGAAGUUCAAUAAGGUAAAUUGCAAGGUCCUGCAUGUGGGUCAGAGCAAUCCCAAGCACAGUUCCAGGUUGGGUGGAGAAACGAUUGAGAACAACCCUGAGGAGAAAGACUUGGGGGAGCUGGUUGAUGAGAAGCUCAACAUGAGCCGGCAAUGCAUGCUUGCAGCCCAGAAAGCCAACUGUAUCCCAGGCUGCAUCUAAAGAAGUAUGGCAAGCAGGUCAAGGGAAGUGAUUCUCCCCCUCUACUCCACUCUUGUGAGACCCCACCUGGAGUACUGUCUCCAGUUCUAGAGUCCUCAACAUAAGAAGGACAUGGAGCUGUUGGAGUGAGUCCAGAAGAUGGCCACAAAGACAGAGGGCUGGAGCCUCUCUCCUAUGAAGACAGGCUGAGAGAGUUGGGGUUGUUCUGGAGAAGUCUCCGGGGAAACCUUAUAGCAGCUUUCCAGUACCUGAAGGGCACCUAGAGGAAAGCUGGGGCGCAACUUUUUACAAGGGCAUGUAAUGGUGGGACAAGGGGUAAUGGUUUAAAAGUGAAGGAGGGUAGAUUUAGACUAGAUAUAAGGAAUAAAUGUUUUACGCUGAGGAUGGUGAAACAUUGGCACAGGUUGCCCAGAGAGGUGGGAGGUGCCCCAUUGUCCUGGUUUAAGCAAGGCUGAAGCCAAUUUUCCAUUAACUGAUUUUUUUUUUUUCCUUUAGUAAACUCCCUUUUAACUAGCAGCAAGUUUUCCAGCUAGUGGACUGAAAACACUGGAAUGUUUAUGUUACUGCUGAGACGCCAAGGUCACCUUGCUCUGCCACCUCAGGGAUGCUGCUGAGAGCAGAAGAGUCAUAUCUGCAGCCCAUAGGGAGGAGUGGACUAGAUGGACAGCAAAAUUGACCAAAGUAUUCCAUUCUAUAUACCUACAUAAGCUCAGUGUAAGGUCAGAGAUCACAGAAGACAACUUCCUUCCUGCUUCUUCUUCCCUUCUCUUCCAUCCAUGGCUGGCAUCCCAGGAGACCUCUGUCUGUCACCGUUGAUCGCUAGGCUCAUGCAUUCCUGACCCUCAUAACUCAACCCUCAGCUCCUGUCUGCACUGCUGCUAUCUCUAGCAGCAGUCUGGGACAUUUUGGAACUGCUCACAGCUAAGGAGAGUGCCAUGG